CUGCACGCGACUUUAGUGACGGAGUUCUCUGAGUGCAGCGUUUUCCAGUGCGUCAACGUUACACCGGAAUUACCUGCCAUGUCGACCGAGGGUGUGGAACAGACAAGUGAGGAUGCUCCUCAGUCGGGCAAAACCAGCACAAGGUUUGACCUGGAGAAAGAAACUGAACUCCGGUUCGAGGUUGAGUCAGGAGAAACUGCAGAUCAUGUUGAGCUGGAGCUUCUCACUGGAAUGGCUGAGGUCUUUGGUUCUGAACUGAACCGAAACAAGAAGUACACCUUCGGACCUGGCUCAAAGAUUGCUGUGUUCACCUGGCACGGAUGCAGCAUCAAUCUGUAUGGGAAGCCGGAGGUCGCUUAUGUGUCCAAGGAUACACCCAUGUUGCUCUACCUAAACACACAUGCUGCCUUGGAACAGAUGAGGAAACAAGCUGAGAGGGACAAUGAGAGGGGUCCAAGGGUGAUGGUCGUUGGUCCUACAGAUGUGGGGAAAUCCACCUUGUGCCGUCUGCUCCUCAGCUACGCCGUGAGAGUAGGCAGGAGGCCGACACUGGUGGAGCUUGAUGUUGGACAGAGCGGGGUGUCUGUGCCAGGGACAGUGUCAGCAUUAUGCAUUGAGCGUCCAGCAGAUGUGGAGGAAGGUUUCUCAGUGCAGGCGCCUCUGGUCUAUCACUUUGGAUCCACCACCCCAGGAACAAAUAUCAAAUUGUACAACAAGCUUACGUCGUGUCUGGCUGAAGUGUUUUCCCAGCGCUGUGAAGUCAACAGGAAAGCCAGCGUUGGGGGCUGCAUCAUCAACACUUGUGGCUGGGUGAAAGGGUCUGGAUACCAAGCUCUUGUCCACUGUGCUUCCGCUUUUGAGGUGGAUGUCGUGUUGGUGCUGGAUCACGAGAGACUUUACAAUGAACUCAAACGAGAUCUCCCGCACUUUGUUCGUGUCGUGCUUUUACCCAAGUCCGGAGGGGUUGUGGAACGCUCGAAGGAUUGUCGACGGGAUGCUCGCGAUGAAAAGAUCCGUGAAUACUUCUAUGGUUUCCGAGGACUGUCUUUUUUCCCGUUCUCCUUCGAGGUCCGUUUCUCUGAUGUCCGCAUCUAUAAAAUUGGCGCUCCGUCCAUCCCGGACUCUUGCCUCCCACUGGGGAUGUCACAGGACGACACUCAGCUGAAGCUGGUUCCUGUUACUCCGGGAAGAGACCUCACGUAUCACGUGCUUAGUGUCAGCAGUGCAGAGGAGAGCGAGGAUGGGGUCAGGAAGGGUAUAGUAGAAAGUCCGGUGUGUGGAUUCAUAGUUGUGACCUUUGUAGACACACAAGCACAGUUGAUGAAGGUUCUCUCCCCAGCGCCCAGACCACUCCCCAGAAACACUCUAUUGAUCAUGGACAUCCGAUUUAUGGACACAAAGUAAAAAAUGAAAUAGCUUGGAAAUGAAUCCUUUUUUUAGUGAUCCAUUUCACAUCAAUCAUUUUUGCAAGUUUUAACUUGAUAAGAUCUGUUAAUUGUUAGAAUUAUGUUUGCCCCUUUUUAUACGAUAGCUCAAAUGAAAUAUAUUUUUCAUCUUUUGUGAUCAAAAUAAACACAUGACAUUUAUGGAAUUGCUGCAUGUCCUUGUUUUGUGGUGUUUUAAAGCUAGUUUCUUUCUAGAAUUUAGUUCAUCACACAAGAUCUCAUACAACAGAUAUUCCACCAGACUUGGCUUGUACACAUAGGCUCUUAUGAAUUAUCGCUCA